AUGAAAGCUUUCGAAGCGCUACAACGAGCUCGAAGAGACACUGAUGACAUGACUGUGAGGCAGCUUUUCGAGGAUUCUGACUAUGUCGGUGAUUUCGAACAAAUCGAUGCGACUACCGCUGCCGCCUUUGUGACAGAAAAAUUGAAGCCAAAUUCUUCUCAUUUUGAAGACUUAAAAUCAAAGAAAAAGCUUGGCAAUCUCAAAACGGCAAAACGGAUACCGUAUUUCUAUGGACACCGCACAAAAAAUAGUACUGCUUCUUCAACUUCUCCUCCUCCGAAGUACUUCGUAAUUAAGAGCAAGCCUAAUACUGAACCGAAGCAGAAGAAUCCUCCAAUUGUCCCGCCGCAGUAUGGCCGCCAACCUCAUAAAGGUUUCAUGACCCGUGGAAUUGCAUCCGUGAAGGCUAUUCGACAACCUUUCGUUUCCGAUACUUGGAGCAACGCAGGGAAGCAAGCUUACUAUCGACAUCAUUUGUCACCAACGGUAUAUUUCCUUCCAGUUGAGCAUUUCUUAUUUUUAUAUUAUUUUUUCUUUUCUCACUUGGUAGGUGUAGCAUCCUACGAAUUCGUUAACUAUUUUUGUAGAUUGGAAAUUGAAGUUAUGGAAUCAAAGAAUAUGUUUUGUGUUGUCUGUCGCAUCGUUCUUUAACA